AUGGCAACUCCUCACCCAACAAGAGGCACUGGUGAUCUCACCACAUUCAAUAUUCAGCAUGGAUUUGCGGAAGCCCUUCUCAGAGGAAUGAGAUCAUCCUUUUUGAAGGAUGCCGAUUAUCAUCACUUGACGCAAUGUGAGACUUUGGACGAUGUGAAACUCAAUCUGACCGAAACCGACUAUGCCGAUGUCCUUGCGGAUUCGAAUGCCAUGAGUCCUGCUGCCUUUCAAAAGGUGGCUGUCGAAAAGCUUGUCUGUGAAUUCCAGUACCUUAGAACACAAACUGUGGAACCACUUUCCACUUUUAUGGAUUUCAUUACCUUUGAAUACAUGAUUGAGAAUGUUAUGCUUUUGUUGAAGGGUGCAUUGGGUGGUCGUGAUAUCAAUGAACUCUUGGAGCAAUGCCAUCCAUUGGGAAUGUUUAAGGAAAGUACAAUGCGUAGUAUUCCUACUUUUGAGAACUCUGCCAGAGGGUACCAAGACUUGUACCAAACGGUUCUCGUGGAUACUCCUGUUGGACCUUAUUUUGCACAAUUUCUUAUGGAAAGUGCGUCCAGCCGAAGCGGGGGUUCCUACAAUGUGCUUGCGGAAGUUGAGAUUGAGAUCAUCAAGUCUUCCUUGAUCAAGUACUGGCUUGAGGACUUUUACAACUUCACAAUGAAACUUGGAGGACAUACCGCUGAAAUCAUGGGAGAAUUGUUGAGAGUACGAGCAGACAGCAAUGCCAUCAACAUUACUCUGAACUCUUUCGGAACCGCUUUGAACGAGCCUGCCAUGCGAACUUCGGACCGCAAGAGAUUGUAUCCUGGAUUUGGACACUUGUACCCCGCAGGAAUUGCCAACCUCUCCGAUGUUACUGAUGAGGAAGAGUUGGGUCGUGCUUUGGAGCCUUUCCCACAGUAUGCUGCUGUUUGGAACAUUCAUGCUUCUGGACACGGGGAUAAGACUAUCGAUGAUGCCUUUUAUGAACGUGAUGUUCAAAUGUUGGAAUUGGCCUUUGAAAGUCAGUUUCACUUUGCUUCCUUUUACGCGUAUGUCAAGCUAAAGGAACAAGAGAUCCGUAACUUGGUUUGGGUUUCGGAAUGUAUUCUACAACAACAAAAGGAUGAAAUUCAAAAUUUUGUCCAAGUCUUUAGCCAAAACGCACCAUGGAGAAAGUAA